GGCCAACCUGAAUUCUUCAUGGAUGGGGUGGUCGGUUAUAUUUAGAGGGGCACAGUUAUAUUGAUGUGGCUUCAGGUCUGGCAGCAUAUAGUUGUGUGUCUUCAGCAGCUUGGAGAGUCCAUCCUGAUCUGCUUCACUUCCCUCCACUUUCUGUCCUCAAAGAAUGGAUCCCCAAGGCUUGAGGGAAGAUCUUCGUCUGUUCCAGAGCACCCUGCUGCAGGAUGGACUCAAAGAACUCCUGAAUGAGAAUAAGUUAAUUGACUGCAUCCUAAAGGUCAGAGACAGAAGCAUUCCCUGCCAUCGGCUCAUUCUGGCAGCAUGCAGUCCUUACUUCCGGGAGCUUUUCUUCUCAGAGGACGGCAAAGAAGAGGACAAAAAGGAAGUUGUUCUGGAAAACCUUGAGCCCAAUAUUUUGGAGGUGAUUGUGAAUUACAUGUACUCCGCUGAGAUUGACAUCAAUGACGACAAUGUGCAGGACAUUUUGGCUGUUGCCAAUCGCUUCCAGAUCCCCUCAGUGUUCACAGUUUGUGUGAAUUAUCUGCAGAAGAUGAUGUCCAAGAAGAGCUGCCUCGCCAUCUACAGACUGGGACUGAUGCUGAACUCUGCCAGACUGGCAAUAGCAGCUCGAGACUACAUCGCAGAUCGCUUCGAGACCAUCGCCAAGGAUGAGGAGUUCUUAGAGCUUGCUCCACCUGAGCUCUUCGCAAUUAUCGGAGCCGAUUCAUUAAAUGUGCAGAAAGAAGAGGUGGUGUUUGAGACACUCAUGAGGUGGAUCAGAAAAGACAAAGACAAGAGAGUGAAAUCACUGGAGGAGGCCUUUGACUGCAUCCGUUUCCGUUUGCUCCCAGAGAAGUACUUCAAGGAGAAAGUGGAGAAAGAUGAUCUCAUUAAGGCUGAUCCUGAGCUUCUCAAAAAGAUUAAAGUCAUCAAAGACGCGUUUGCGGGGAAGCUGCCUCCAAAGGAAAAGGGGCAAGAUGGUGAGGAAGGAGCGGAGGGCAAACUGCCUGGUUACCUGAACGACACCCGCAGAUUUGGCAUGUAUGCUAAAGACAUGGUGCUGAUGAUCAAUGACACUGCAGCCGUGGCCUACGAUGGUCAGGAGAAUGAGUGUUUUCUUGCAGCGAUGUCUGAGCAAAUCCCCCGAAACCACGUCAGUCUGGCAUCGAAGAAGAACAAUCUGUACGUGCUGGGAGGACUGUUUGUAGAUGAGGAGGAGAAAGAAAACCCUCUGCAGUGUUACUUCUACCAGCUGGACAGUCUUGCUGCUGAGUGGAUGGCUCUGCCACCGAUGCCCUCCCCCAGGUGUCUCUUCGCUAUGGGCGAAGUUGAAAAUCUCAUCUUUGCUGUAGCAGGAAAAGAUUUACAGUCCAAUGAGUCUCAUGACACUGUCUUGUGCUAUGAUAUUGAAAAAAUGAAGUGGUCGGAAACAAAAAAGCUUCCCUUGAAAAUUCACGGCCACUGUGUGGUCGCAGAGAACGGGCUGGUGUACUGUAUCGGAGGAAAAACGGAUGACAAUAAAGCAACCAAUAAGAUGUUUGCAUACAAUCACAAGAGGUCAGAGUGGAAGGAAGUGGCCUCCAUGAAGACGCCCAGGUCGAUGUUUGGGGCGGUUAUCCACAAAGGGAGGAUCAUUGUUGCUGGGGGAGUUAAUGAAGAAGGCCUGACAGCUGCAUGUGAGGCCUACGACUUUGGAACCAACAAGUGGGCACCAUUUACUGAGUUUCCUCAGGAGAGGAGUUCAGUGAACCUGGUGAGCUGUGGAGGUUUGUUGUACGCCGUCGGAGGCUUCGCCAUGGUGGAGAACGAGAACAAAGAGUGUGCUCCUACUGAAGUCAUCGACAUUUGGCAGUACGAAGAUGACAAGAAGGAGUGGACCGGUAUGAUCAGAGAGAUGCGUUACGCUGCUGGAGCCUCCUGCGUCUCAAUGCGGCUGAACGCUGCCAAAAUGCCCAAACUCUAACUGCAAUUCAAGGACAUUCAUGUUACUGCUUUAGGACACAUAAUAUGCACUGUACAUGCUCCUAUUGUGCAGAUCAUUGUUGUCAUUUAUCAUUUUAACACAUCUCACUUUGCUGUUCUGUUCAUUUUUAGUUUUAAUAUUGUGAUUUUAUCAGGUCUUUGCUUCCUCAUGUGCUCUGCAGCAUAUUGAAGUAUUCCCCAUUGCACUUAUUUUAGAAUUAAAACAUUAUUGUCAACAGAUU